GGGGGAAGGCACCCAUUGGGGGGGUCCCAUCCUUCUCUGCCCCCCCAUCCCCAUCCCCAUUUAUCCCCCCCCCCCUUGCAGACGUGGACCCAGUGACGCUGGGGCUCUCCUGCCUCUUGGCCAUCCUGGUGCUGGCACUGGGGCUGCUGGGGCUGCUGGGGCACCGCAGGCUGCUGCAGGAGAAGCUUUGGCCCCCGGUGCCAGGCCCUGAGAGGGAGUUUGAGGGGCUCUUCAGUGCCUAUGGGGGCAACUUCCAGCUCUGGCUCUGCCACGGGGUUGGGGCUCCCUGGACCCCUCCGGGGGGCCCCCCCGAAGCCGAGGAGCUGCCGAGCACCGUGGAGGAAGUGGGGCCCCCCCCAGGCAAGGGGCCGCCCCCCCCCCCCCCCCCCCCCCCCCCCCGAGGGGGACCCCCCCUGUACCCCCCCCAGCGCCGGACCCUCACCCGCCUCCAGCUUUGAGUACACGCUCUUUGACCCCGGCUCUGCCCUUCUGACCCCCAGAGGAGCCCCCCCCGGACCCCCCCCGGACCCCCCCCAUGGCUCUUACGCCAACCUGGCCCCCCUGAAAGGGGCCCCCUUUAAAUGGGUGGAUGGGGACCCCCCCGCUGAUGGGGACCCCCCCACCUACGUCAUCUGCUCUUAAAUGGGGGGG